AUGUGGCAUAUCGUUGGUAUUGCGUCAAGGAUGUGCUUGGAGCUCGGUCUACACCGCGAACAGGUCUAUAAAUUACCAAGAGGAACUGCUGGGAGCAUUUCUUCAAAGCAGAUGGUGGCACAUGAAGUACGCCGUCGUUGCUUUUGGUGUGUUGUUGCCAUGGAUAGAGUCGUGAGCAUCACACUAGGGAGAUCACUUGCAAUCAAUCUACAAGACGCAGACAUUUUACUUCCAGAUCCCAGCCUAGACACUACGGUGAACCACUGUGAGUCCGACACAGACCAUCUAGCACCGACAUUCUGCAGAACAGCUUUAUUCGUCCAUAUAGUACGAUAUCGCAUAAUCUGCGGCAAAAUAUUGUCGGCCCUUCACAACGGCUCCACUCGAACCCAGACAGACGAGGCACCAGCCCUCGCAGCACGGGAACGAUUAGCCCACGAAUUAGCAACCUGGCGUCGCAAUACAGCAGAUCUUUCUCUCUCAGACGUCGAAUUAUCGAGUACACUACCAGGUGACAGAUCCAGCUUUCGGACGCGGGAAUGGUACGAAAUGCUCUAUCAAAAUGCCCUCUUGAUGCUAUACAGGCCAUCACCAGGUCUCUCAUCAGCCUCAUCGCGAGAUGCAGUAGUGCUACAGACUAUAUUCAUCGCAGCAAAACAAGCAAUAACACUCUAUGCUCACCUUCACCGAUCUCGGCGAAUCAAUUAUACAUGGAUCACGCUGCAUUCAGUCUUCAUGGCGGGUCUUUCAUAUGUAUACGCAGUUGGUCGACAUUUUCGCUCUCAUAAAUGGAACUUGUCCACAUCCACACCAACAGCCCUACUGGAUAAUGAUCCAACCAUUAUCGAAAUUGUGAAUGAUUCACGAGCAUGCUCGAGCAUUCUAGUCGCUAUAUCUGAACGAUGGAAUGUUACGAAGAACUGCCAUGAUGUUUUUAAUUGUCUCAGUGAUGCAAUGUUGUCUUACGCUGUAGAGUAUCACACCAAAAACUCUGGACCUGCGAGAGACGUGUUACCGGAUACUUCUAUCUCUGCUGGUGGUACGGGAAACACAACACUCAAUUAUUGGCCCAUCGAUGAGACAGGGCCAGUAUCGCUGGCGGUGGAUUCUGUUCUGUAUGAGUGUUUUGAUGAUCUGCAACGCUUCCAGCCAUAUGGCUGUGGAGAUGACCCUGUUGGACAGCUAUCGCAUGACUGGCUGGGAGAGAUUGGGGGGACUGAAUUAAAUAAAAUGCCUCCCAUAUGUUAA